AUGGCAUUAACUGGAACACCAGAUACAAAUAAAAAUGAUGAAGAUAUUGCAGCAAAAAUAACAGAAUAUUUAAAUACUUCAGUACAAUUGUAUGGUUGUAUUACGGCUUUCACAUCCUAUAGGCAGCCUUCUCAAUCUCCAUCUCCUUCUCAACUUUAUUCUAAAGAAGAAUGGCUUAACAAACUCAAAAGACAUGCAGCUAGCCAACAAAAAUCUCAAAUAAAAAAAUUAAAAGCACUUAACGAUGAUAGCGUUGUUAAUUUGGAGAAGCCAAUGCACGAAGAAGAUGUGAAAAGAUUAAA